GACUCAAAAUUUCCAGAUUCGGAAGGUUAGUGUGCAAUCACGUGCGUGAUCUUGGCGAUUUGCAAACUAUAAUCAAAUUCUUGUUGCUGCUUGGAUCUCGGUAAGUGGUGGUGCGAUUCCCGUUCUAAUUGUUUCAUGGGUACGCAGAACGAUUUCUGUUGUAUCUGAGAAUGUGCUAUGGAAUUUAAGAAAUUUUCGGUUGCCAUCUUUGGUGAUUGGAUUGCGGUUUAGUGGAUGGAACAUAGGGCAGGAGAUUGCAAUGGAGAGGAAAUUCCCAAAAAAACGAGAUCUCUUGAUCUGAAGAGUCUUUAUGAAACAGAGGGUUCAAAAGAGGCCCCAUGUAAGAAUUUGAAGCGGAAAGGUGGCGUGGAAGAUGAUGAUGGCGAUGUGAAAAGAAAUAGCAAGAGGAAGAAGAGUAGGAAGGCAGUGUCUAUUAAUAGAUUAAAGACUAUUACUGCCAAUGGAACCACGCCCAAGAAGAAGGAAGAUAGUGCAUAUGGUGAUGCAAUCUGUUGUGGCAUGUUCAUCAAGGAUCAUUACCAUGACCACGUAUGUGGCAGUUCACCAGGCUUGGAAAAAAAGAAGGGAAGCAAUUCGUGCAUCGGCCAACUAGGAGAGGAAGCCAUACCAAAGGUUUAAUCGUCAUCUCAAGGAGGAUAUAAUCGAUUUGGAACUGAACUUGAAGGUCAAUCGACAUUGAAAUAAGGUGAGUGUAAAGGGGGUAAAUUCUACGCCUUACGUGUUAUUCAAGUAUUUUCCUUGAGUAUUUUCGAGUAUUGAUUUACGUGAUGUGUGUGCAGUAUUUGAUUCAUGUUUGAGAUUGCAUGAUUAUCUUUGAUGAUAGGUGAUUUUGGUUGAGCUAUGUUUUAUGUGAAUGUGCAUGAGUUAUUAUUUAAUUUAAAGCUUUACGUUUAUAAGUUAUUGUUAAAGUUUAAGAAACAAGUUCUUUUUAAGAAGUAACUCACCUUCAAGAAAGUGAAGUCGUUUUAAGUGUUUUUAGUCACUAGCGUCAGUCCGUUGCCAUUUGAGAUUUUCAGAUAGAGCAGCAGUUAUGCUCUUGAGAUCUUUGAGAUAGAGCAGCAGUUAUGCUCUUGAGACUUUUAAGAUGAGCAGCAGUUAUGCUCUUGAGAAUCGUGGUGAAGAGACACCACAAUAAGUUUAAGAUGUUAGGGGGAUGAAUCGUUACGACUCCCCUAACUAAGUUUAAGUUUAAGAAAAGCCUUGAUGGCUUCUCAUACGUAUGAGUUGGCAACCGGACUAGCUAGUGGGGGAUCCCAGUGUCAGUCAAGAUUUGAGCUUUAAGAGAGGAGAGUAACUUCAACUCCCUCAAAGUAGAGUUAAGAUUUUAAGAAUGGAAGUACAAACAACUUCCACUAGUCAAAGUUAAGUGUUUAAAUAAAGUACUCAAGCAUUAGAGUUAUUAAAACGUAAGGGCGUAGACUAACCCCAUCUCACUCACCAGGGCUUAGUAAAGGAAUCAGCGAGAACUAGAUCGAUAGUUGCAGCUAGAGGAGCAGUUAGAGAGCAUCGAGUUUGAGAGGAUCAGGUUCGAGGGCAGCCAGCUAGAGGAGGGCAGUGCAAGCGUCAUAGAGGAUGCUUAGUCAAGGUUUCAGUAGCAACAACAUUAGAGGUUUUUAGUUAUUUACAUUUAUGAUUAUGAGUAUAGACUGGAGAUCAGAUUGAGAUUUUAAAGUUUGAUUUUAAUUUGCCCACGUGUUAAGGCUUUGCUCUGAACUACAAGUGUGUGUUUUCUGUAUUUUAUUAUGAAUUUUUUCCCGCUGAAAUUCAAGAUUUGGUUAUUUUAUUUGCAUGGGCAUUUUAGUAAAAGUAGUACCCGGCCAGGUUAGGGUGUUACACCCAAUACAAGAUAUCAGAAUCUACUACUGCCAUCUGUCACACUUUAGACUACAAACUCAGCUCUCUUCCUUUCUACCGCAAGUGCUGGGCACCCAGAGACUCAACAAACUUUGGAUCACCAA